AUGGACGACAAGAUCGAAGUAUCACCGGCCAAGCGUAGGCCUCGUGCCAGCAGAGCUGGCCAAGCCCGCCGAUUCCAGUGCAAAUACCCUGCUUGCGAGAAGCGGUAUUCCAGGGCCGAGCAUCUCCAAAGACACACACUCAAUCAUGCUCCCGAAAAGAUCUUUUUCUGUGAGAUUCCGCGAUGUGGCCUCACCUUCGUUCGUGCUGAUCUCUACGCGCGGCACAAGGCUCGCCAUAACCCAGGCUCCUCUGGCAUACCUCGGGAGUAUAAAAGUGCUCGUUCGGAGCUGAUCACCUCUCAAAUGCAGAAUACCGAUCUUCACCAGUCAGGCGGUAGUGAUUCCAUUCCAGAUCAAGCUUCUCACAACGACUUUAUGAGUAGACAGCCAAGUUGGCAUGCAGAGCCUGGACGCGAUCAAAACCCAGCCGCGGCUUCGUCUCAGCCGGCAUCGUCCAGUCAUAUUGGGAAUGGAGUCGAUAUUCCAAGAUUGAGCUGUGUUCCAGUUACAUACCCUCUCAUCGACGACUCGUCUGCACACAACAAUGAUAAUUUCGCUGCCUGGCUCUUCGAUGCCCCCAGCUCGUAUGACGAGGGAUUCAGUUUGACGAAUGGACCAUCACUAGACUUUGGUUUGGAGUACUCUUCCAAUUAUACGUGGACUCCUGGCUCUAGGGUUCUCGAUUUGGAGGAUCUUCCCAGCAAUAGACUGGAGGGCUGCGUAUCCGAGCGUAGAAGGAGAGAGAUUCAUUCGGUGCUGAUGCAAUUUCUCAGCAAGCAGCGUGGCCAACAUCUUGUCCGAGAUAAUGAGAGUAUACUCCUCAUGAGAAAUGGCGACUUUCCCAAUCUAACCAUUGAGAUGUUAGACAGACUCAUCGAAAAUUACUGGCUGAAAGUUAGUGCACAAAUAUCGAUAGUACACCAGCCCACGUUUACAAGCAACUCUUGUCAUCUGCUGCUGCUUCUCGCGAUUAUCGCUCUUGGGGCUGCCGAUCUGGUGAAUUCGCAGCCAAAAGGUUAUCUGGUGGAGUACAAAGAGUUGGCGGACCUCAUAAUCACGCACCUACGAUGGGAGAUCUUCACUUACGAAGAUGCGGAGCCACCUGUUCAGCUAUGGGUGGCCCAGACUCUAUUGUUGCUUGAGUUCUACGAGAAGCAGUGGUCUACUCGGCGAUUGCAUGAACGAGCUCACAUUCAUCACGCCUCGACCUUGACGCUUCUUCGACGUGGCAGUCCACUUGUUGGACAAACGGACGAUAUAAUACCACCAGGCGAAUUCUUGCAUAGACUUUCGGAGUCCGGUGAGAGGAGCAACACCAAGCGAGAUGCAUCUCAAGCUGUCGAUAAUUGGUGGGUACAUUGGGUGGGGAAUGAGUCGUUCAACCGAGUCGUGUUCACAGCCUUUUGGAUGGACACAUUGCAUGCUUCUAUGUACGGACAUGCUGCUGAUAUGGCGCCAUACGAGAUUCGGACGAACUUCCCUUGCGACGAGUCUCUCUGGACAGCGAAAAGUGCAGAGGAAGUCCAGAGACUCAAUGGGGAUCUGAAAGUGUGCGGCGUACGACAAAUUUCAUUCUUGGAAGGACUGAAGCAAAGUCUACAUGCGCAGCACGUGCAAACACAUUCAGGAGCACGUAUGCUACUUAUGGCUGGCCUGUUGAGCGUAGGAUGGCACAUCAACCGGCGUGAGAAACACCUGCAAUUCCUGGAGAAUGCGCCAUCUAGUAGAGAGCAAGGGCGCUGGAGAUCACUUCUCUUGAAUGCUUUUGGUCACUGGAGAAGUAGUUUUGACGAGGCUGUGGGACUCCAAAACGAUGGUGUACAUGGAAAUGCGGAUCAAAAUGCGGAUGCUGCUAUUGUGUUGUUGCAUUUAGCACAAAUGACAAUGCACGCCGAUCUUAUUGACUGUCAGAUAUUCUCGGGAUCCAUACGGUUGCUCGGAAGGAAGGUAUCCAAACAUGACUAUUUGAACGUUUUGCAACGUAUGAGGGUUUGGUCACAAGGUCCACUUGCUCUCCACGCCGUUCAGCACUCUACAAGACUACUCUACGAGACUUUGGUCAAGCCAAGUGCUCAUAGACAAGAAACCUACCAUGGCCUUGUCUCUCAUGAGCGAAGUUCGAUAAAGUACUCUUGCCGGAAUGAUUCAAUAAUCCUACGACCUUGGGCCGUGUAUUUGGCAGCGUUGAUUAUGUGGGCAUAUCAACACGCUUCAGCAUCGCAACUCGUGACAGGGAUUUCUGGUCCGCAAUACUUGGAGGCUCUGGAUGAUGAAGCGAUGUGUUGCCGGUACCUCACCACAUGUGCUGGUGUUGAAGAUUCAAGUCAACUCCCGCGAGUCUUGUCUCAAGAAGGUGGGCUGCCUUCAGUUCUCAAUGUGGUUUCGAAAGACUUGGCAAAUGCAGAGCCCGAGCUCCUUUUGGAAGCCGCUACUCGCCUGCAAACUUGCCGAGCAAUGCUGGCCGAUGCGAACAUUAUCUGGCCGCCUGAUUGA